CGGCGGGUAUUCAUUGUGGACGAGCUGAGGAACCUCCUCGAUUGAGCAUGACGCAUGCGAUCUCCGGGGAUCGUCCGGGGCACAUGUCGCAGAUUCAAACACGUUUCUCUCCAGAGCGACAUUGUGACAAUUCCAAAUUGCAGCGAGAGGCAGGCCGACGGACCGAAAAAGAGACGAACACAAGCAAGAGGGGAGAGGCAGGGAGAGUGGAGAAGGGGAGGAAAGGGCGCGCAGGAGAAAAAAAGAUAAUCCCGAAAAAAGGCGGGAAAUCCGGACAUAAUCAUUCGCUGCUCCAACUCUGGCGUUUUUCCUCCUCCACUUCCUCGCACGAACUCCCCCCCGAACCGCACCAUCGACUCGAAUUUUGAAGCUCGGAGCUGAACUCGCCCCCAGUGAGGCCGGAUUGCAUCUGCCGACGCCAUGUCUUCCGCACAAGGGCCCAAUCCUCUGCGCCCGUACUAUAUCCCGCCUGCCAUGGGCCUGGAGGUCACCAACGCCUCGUCCCCUCCAGAUGCGUCAUCGGCCCAGGUGUUUGGCAGCUCGGCGCGCGACCUGCUGCCCGACUUGGACUAUUCCGAUUAUCUCGACAAUUCGCCCUCGGUGUCCAGCUGGCUGCGAGAUGCUCUGGACCAGGGUAUCUGGCGCUACACGAGCAUCUUGACGGCGCAGCCUUUCGACGUUGCCAAAACCAUUCUGCAGACCUACGUCGCCCCCGACUCCUCCGAGGGACCAUGGCCGUUGGAUGACCGACGGAGAUCCGGAGCGAGCGCUCGAGCUGCGUCGUAUCACGAUGAUGAAGAAGACGAGGAUGAUGAAUCUUUAUCGUCGGACGAUGAGAGCAGUUAUUUCACCUCCGCUGCACCUGCAGUUUCUUCGCCGUCUACUCCACGCUCUCGAAAGCCUCGGCGCCAUAUCACCGACCGCAGCGGUUACAUCCCAUCCUCCACACCCUCCUCUCGACAUGCUCUGGCCAUCAAGAACCAAUCCUCCCUCAUGGAGGUGUUAUCCCAGCUGUGGACAACCAGCGGUCCUACGUCGCCGUGGAAGGCCACCAACACGACGUUCAUUUAUUCCCUGCUCCUCCCCACGUUGAACACGUUCAUUCGGAGCCUGCUGUCCGCCAUUGUGGGCUUGCCGGAGGAAGAUAUCUCGUCCUCCAUGACUGCGGAUAUCCUGACGUCGACCUCACCGGGCGCUACGCUCCUCUUGUCCUUCAUCUCGACCGCCCUGUCAGCCAUCAUCCUGUCGCCAAUUGACACCGCCCGCACGUUCCUUAUUCUGACUCCGGUCACUCACGGGCCUCGCUCUCUCCUGCGAGCCAUCCGACAAAUCCCAACCCCUAACUGCACUAUCCCUCCUCACCUGCUUCCGAUCACUGUCCUCCACUCCAGUCUACCAAAUUUCAUUACCACUACCACCCCACUCUUGCUGAAAUCUUACCUUUCGCUUGAUCCCGUCCUCAACCCAUCCACGUGGAACCUGUUCACCUUCCUUGGAUCCGGCUUGGAGCUGGCCGUUCGAUUCCCGCUGGAGACGGUCCUCCGCCGCGCACAGAUCGCCACAUUUACAUCGCCCAGUCUGCGACAACAAGCCGCGGGCGGGCUGGCGUCACCGAGCGCAGCCACUUCGGCGGCUCAGGAGGUUGAGACCAUCGUCCCUACUCCCCAGACAUACCGCGGUGUUGUCGGCACAAUGUGGGGAAUCGUGUAUGAAGAGGGGACGCAAACGCCAUCGGAGGUGGAGCGAGCACAGACGGCCCUCAAGAAGCCCAUCGCCCUGCGCAAACGGCAAGGACAAGGCAUCCAGGGUCUCUACCGGGGCUGGAGAAUCGGCAUGUGGGGGAUUGCUGGAAUCUGGGGCGCCAGUCUUCUUGGAAACGCUGGCGCCGGGGACGAAGAAAUCCUAACGAGUGGUGGGCAGUUUUAGCGGAACGCCGAGAGAUGAAUGACGGUCGAACUGGCCUACAACAGCACAUCUUCCUAUGUCUCGCAUCUCAUCUCUAUCCUUUAUUCGAUCCAUGUUUUCGGCACACUCUCCCCUUCAUAUUCCCUUCUCUCGAUUCACCUCGUCUUUUCCUUUCUUUCUGUUUAUCUUUUCUAAUACCUAUCUGAUACGGUCAGGACUGCACUCUUGAUCUUCACACAUGACAGGAUCAGUGGGAGUGACGGCGUUGGGAGGAUUCGUUUAGCCUGUAUAUAAUAUUCCCAUUGAAGUUUUUUACAACGCCCGGUGAUCAGCUUAUGUUGAUAUACGGUUUUCUUCGCGGUUUUUGUUCGUCUCGUAGGGCAAAUCAUGUGGACGUUCUUUUAACCAUCUCUCCAUCCAUAAAGAGUCAAG